AUGAGGCGGGGCGAGACAGAUGCAACAGAGUGGGCCCUGAACUACGUCAAGGAGAAAGCCCCUGAGCUUCUGUCGGUCAUGGCCUGCAGUGAGGUGCCCAUGGAUCUGCAGCUGUGUAAGGCGGCUGAGGAAGGGAGGUCAUGCUUUGCUGAUCAGAAAUGCAGUGCCAGUGCGCUAGCUCUUCAGAACAUUGUGAAGAAGCUGAUCAAGACUGAGUUAGAAAAUAGUGUUGCCUGCUGGGAAUCUGGUAGUGACAAAUGA